GGCGCCGGCGCCGCCGUCCUCGUGGCGGCGCUCGGUCGCUCCGCAUCCUCACCCGGGACAAGGAUGGCCUGGACCGGCUGGUCAGCCGGCAGCGCGUGGAGCGGCUGGUGGUGCUGGCCGGACUACAGACACAAGACAGCCUGGAGGAGCGGCCCGACAACAACCCCGACUACACGGUGGUGGAGGAGGCGGUCAAGUGCCUGUGUAACCUGAGCCACCAGAGCCGGGCGGCGCGCCAGCUGGCCGCCCAGAGCGCCGCCUGCCUGCAGGGCCUGACGCUGCGCCUGCGCGCCUUCCGCGAGCCCGAGCUCACGCACGGCGUCAAGCUGUUCUCCGUGCGGCUGCUCUUCCUGCUGGCCACCCUGUGCCCGGAGAUCAGGCCAGCGCUGGUGCACGACUACCACGGUCUGACGUACAUGACGGAGGUGCUGGACCUGCUGCUGAGCACGUGCAUCGCCGCUCCGGCCGGCCCGGCCGACGUCAGGGCGCGGGGCGUCGAGCUGGCCUCCGAGGUGCUGAAGACGGUGUACGCCCUCUCGGUGUCGCUUGCCUCGCCCGACGAGGAGGACGAGGGCCACCUGAUGCGACUGACCGAGGUGCUGCGCGAGUACCUGGUGCUGCCGCACAGCCCGGCCGACCUGCUCAACUACGUGGUGCAGGUGCUGACGACGGUGCCGUCCAGCUGUUACACGGCGCUGGUGGUUCCGGAGACGGCCGGCGCCCGGGCCGACGCCGAGGGCGACACGGCCGCGCUCGACGCUGUGCUCGGCAUCCUCACUGACAAGAUACAGCAGCCGCAGUCGGCCGUCAGCCAGCGGGAGCAGCUGACGCCCGUGCUGCUGCUGCUCUGCCACUCCAGCAAGGCGUGCCGCACCAUCCGGCGCUACUUCAGGGUCAAGGUGACGGCGCCGCCGGCUGGGAGCCGGCCGACGACGAGGAGCGAGCGCGGUCCGCAGCGUCUGGCUGUGGGAUCCCUGCCGCCGAGACGAGACGUUAUGCUUCGUCCCGAGCAGGGCAACUCGCUGAAGAGUCAGCUGGUCAAGCUGAUGACCUCCGCCGGUGUCAGAGGUCAAGGACCUUGGCCGCUCACUUCCCUCUUCAUCCUGUGCAAGGAGGACGUGGGGCGCUUCGUCAAGUACACGGGCUACGGGAACGCGGCUGGCCUGCUGGCGGCGCGCGGCCCUCAUGCUGGUGCGGACCGCGCAGCGCCGGCUACUCCUCCGACUCCGACUUCCGACACGGACGAGUACGUCCAGUACCGGGACAGCCUCGGCCUCAUCCAGCCGUGUCGGAUCGGGGAGGACGGCAAGCCCCAUCCCAUCUCCCACGUGCUGGAGCUGCAAGACCAAGCGGAUCCGGCAGCUGGCAGCGACGACGAAUAG